AUGCCGAGUCCAAAGUCCAAUGAGUCCAAGAAAGGGAGUCCGGGAAAAAAGAGUCCACCAAAAUCAAAAAAGAGUCCCAAGGGAGAUACAGAGAAAAAGGGCCAUGAUCCGGAAUUUCCCAUUGAGGAAGAGGAGCUGGUGGUCCCUGUUCCCCAGGGCAUUAUGCACAAGCGGAUGCGUUUUCUUUUGGAAACAAAACUAAAAACCGACGUCGAUUUUAUCGUUGGUCCGGAGCAUGCGCAGUCUACCAUCAGUGGCCAUAAGUGUAUGCUGGCUGCGGAGAGUCCAAUCUUUGAGAAACUUUUCACCGAGUGUGAAGAAUGGAAAUUGAAUAAGAUCAAAGAACGUGAAGAUGAGGCUCGCAGAAUAAGAGAGGAAGAGCGUGAAAUAGAAUUGGCCAUACAAAAUGCGGCAACUCCCAAGAGCAAAAAGAGCCCAGAUAAGAAGGAACCAAAGGGCAGUCCGAGGAAGGCAAGCCCUGGAUCCAAGAGCCCUGACAAGAAAGGGUCGGGGAAGAAGAGCCCAAAGGACAUGGAAUCUAAAGGUAGCCCUAAAAAGAACCCCAAGUCUAAAAGUGGUGGUGCCAAGGGCUCCAGCCCGAAGCAAGGUAGUCCUGCGAAAGGUGGAAAAAAAAGUCCUACUCGUCAAGGCAGCCCGAAUUCCCAGCAGCCGAAAACGCUGGAUUUCUACAAGGAUGUGGUGAUUGAGGCCGAUACCAUUCGAGUGCAAGAUGUGCACCCACUGGGAUUUUAUCGUCUCUUGCGGUGA